UGGACUCGUCCUACACAGUAUGUAUGCACAAUACAUAGGUGCACUGGCAAAGGCCAGCCUCGCGAGCAUGCAGACCAUAACUCACUGGUCCAGGCUGUCUGGACGACUCGGAACUUUCCGUCUGAGCGCAAGACUCGAGGCAAGGGGCUGAACCAACCACAUCGUCUGUCAUUUGAGGUUAUCAUCAAGUUCUAUCGACGUGGCCGGCCAGCCAGUUUCAACUCUCCAUCCAUAACUCCUACGUAUACGUGUAUGUGCAUACAGUACAUUCAAGGCACGUUCAUCUCAAUGAACUGGAUUCACUGGCUUUACACUGAUGGACCCUGCCAUCGAGAGGCCAAGACACUUCUGGAGCAAUAGCCCGUCCUCCGCGUCCUCGGUCCAGGCCGUUGCUGGCCAAGUAGCCGUCUUCCACUCCUCUUUUGAUGCCGUUGGCGGCGCUGCACAUGUUUCCUUGGACGGUCUCAUCAGCCAGGCGGCCGUGAGACCGGUGCUGUGGGACGUGGCCGUGAGACGCUUCGCCUCGCCGUCCUACCAUGGCACCAACAGACACCAACUCGUAGCGCGCAUGGACAGUGCCAGGAGAGCAUACGCGAAAGCAUUUGUGGCAAUCCAAAAGUCGGUUAAGGAUGUCGACGCCGCCGCGAUCCUCUCACACAGCUCUGAGUCGGAUGUGGCCCAGCUCGCGCUGGAGCUCUUCGACCAGCCGACUUCCACAGCCGACGAUAAGGGACGCGUCUCGCAGUUCAUUGACCUGAUACACCACUACCAUGGCGUCUUCGAUGUGCUCUCCCAGGCUGGCGAUUUUGGCUAUCUGCCUGUUAUCUGGGGCGGGGUGAAGCUGUUGCUGAUGUUUGCCAAGAACAAAAGGGAACUCCUCUCCAAGGUGACAGAUAUGCUCAUCGAGAUCGGCUGGUCCCUCUCCCGCAUCGAAGUGUAUGCCGCCUUGUUCCCAACCGCGCGCAUGGUCGAGCUCAUUUCGAUGCUCUAUGCCGCCGUGGCCGACUUUCUUCAAGAUGUGGUCCUUCAUUUCGCCCACAAGUCCACCGUGCGCAAGGUCCUGUCCUCCUUCGUCCGCCCCUUCGAGGAAAGGUUCGGCCGCGCCAUGGACCGUAUAUCCCGCCUCGUGCGCUGCAUCGAGAGUGACGCCCUCGCCCUACACGCCCUCCAGACCCGCAGCAUGGCACAGCGCCAAAUGGUCGAUGCGGCAUUGCACCAUCACCACGUUCAAGCCACCCUCAGCUCCCUCCCGUUACCACCUCACCCCCUCGGACCACGCUCUCCCUCCACCCCUUCGCCGUCCAACAUAUUUCCGGACCUUUUCCACCAGAUCCGCCACCUCCUCUUCCACAACUUUCCAUCCCAGGCGACGUACCACGAGUCGCUUGCCGCAACCUACUCGGUCACCGCCCGCGCGUGGGAGAAGUGGUUCGCCGUGGAACAGCGAUAUCUCCCCUCCUCGGCCGUCGCCGCCGUUUCCCUCGACGACCCAGACAGGAAUGGCAACAAGGACAACAACAACAACAGGAGCACAGUCGGGAAAGCCCGUCUCAGCCACGGGCUGUGCGAUGCGCCCGACUACCAGCACGCUCUGCAGUGGGCGGCACAGCAGCGGCGUCUGACCCCGCACAUCCCCAGUGCCUACCUGAUCUGGGCGCAGGGCAUGACGGUGCACACGGCGCUGGCGAGCCUGAUCUUCCAGGUGCUGCAGCAGCGGCCGGGCGUUGUGGCCGAGCAUAAUCUGGACAUGGACACGUUCAAGCGGGCGGCAAGCAGCGUGAAGCGGCUGUGGGAUCUCUUUGUCUAUCUCAUGAAGGUGCUUGGCGGGAGCCUGAUCUAUAUCAGCAUUGGCUCGGCCGGGCCAGAUGAGUUUGCCCUGGUGGAGAAGUUUGUCAACACAGUCAGGAACUGGGAGGGCCCCCCGAUCUGGGUGACGCUCAUUCAUCCGUAUCAUGACGGCUUUGUCGGCAUGGAGGAGGCGACGGAUCUGGAUGGGUUGUACGACGUCCACCCGUCGCUGUGCGUCACGGAUGCGCUUCAUCACGUGCUGAUGCUGGAGCUGGAUAUUCACCAGGUGGAUAGCACGAUCCAAACGGUGCUCUGGGAGGCGGUGUGGAGGGAGACGAGGUACGCGUCGGUCGGGGUCUCCUUGACGCUCGUGGUGGAUGCCAUACAGAGGUCGGCGGAAGAGUUGUCGCGGCAGCAACAAGAGCUACGGCAUGAAGCCCGGGGGCCAGUACUGGGCGACACUGAGAGGGAGCUGUGGGUAGCGGCGGUGCAGGAAUGGAUUAACGACCCUGUCGCCUCGAAUGAGCUUCGCGAGCUCGUGCAGCGACACCUCGAUAUUGUCGACCUAGCCCUGCCGCAUGACAUCCGAGCCGCCAUCAAUCGCCAUCUCAAGCGGCUGGUGCUCGUCCGGAUCGACGAGGACAAGGCGAGCUCAUUCGCUUCCCGGUCCAUGACCCAAAUCCAGCGGAGUCGCGUGUGGGAGAGGAUGAAGGAAGCUAUCAGGCCGGCCGCCGAGGUCAUGUUCUGCGGGACGAUACUGGACGUGGUGGCGGACACACUGGACAGCUACGCCACCAUGCCGUGUCAAACCGAGGGGCAGGCGGGUCUGGUCGUUAUGAAGCUCAUGAAUGAACGGUUUGGCAGAGACGGGACGUGGAACCUCUCCAUGUCUCUCGACGAGCAGCUCAUGGUCCAAGGGAUCAUGCGGGCUAUCAUAGCUGGCUUUGAAGACACGCUUGACGCGUUGUCAGAACCGGAGGGAGUUGAGGAGGGCAGUGACUAUAUCUGAUGUAUAGUGGUUCUUUAAGUUUCCUCUGACGCUGCUUGGACUACCUAGGCAACGAACUACUCAGGUAGGUAGGUACUAGUAGUAUAGUGUGUUUUUUGCGGGGUUGACUAGGUAAUAAUGUAAUCAGCAGUAGGUUAAAAUAAUAGAAGCCGCCGGUGACCGGAUUGAGGUUUCACGGCC